CGCAGGGACGGUUGUCCUCCAGGCUGGCGGCGGCCGCGCGUGGGCUCCGACAUGCAGAGCACAGACUUGGGCAACAAGGAGAGCGGCAAGAUAUGGCACCGCAAGCCGUCCCCGGCCACCCGGGACGGAAUUAUAGUGAACAUCGUUCAUACCACCUCUGAUUACCUUCCCAAAGUUUUGAGAUUUUUGAAUGUGGCAUUUGAUAGCUCAGGUGAUUGUUUAAUUGCUGGGGACCAUCAAGGAAAUAUCUAUGUUUUUGACUUAUAUGGAAACAGGUUUAAUCUUGUUCAGCGAACAGCACAAGCUUGCACAGCUCUGGCCUUUAAUCUUCGUAGGAAGUCUGAAUUCCUUGUGGCAUUAGCUGAUUAUUCUAUUAAAUGUUUUGAUACAGUUACCAAGGAGCUAGUCAGCUGGAUGAGAGGACAUGAAUCCUCAGUAUUUUCAAUCUCUGUACAUGCAUCAGGGAGAUACGCCAUCACUACUUCUUCUGAUACAGCACAGCUGUGGGACCUGGACACGUUUCAGAGAAAAAGAAAGCUGAAUAUUCUUCAGUCUGUGGGGAUACAAAAGGUUUUCUUUCUACCAUUAAGUAAUACCAUCCUCAGCUGCUUUAAAGAUAAUUCCAUCUUCGCCUGGGAGUGUGAGACUCUCUUGUGCAAAUACCAGUUGCCAGCUCCGCCUGAAAGCUCCAUUAUCCUUUACAAGGUGUUUGCUGUGACCAGAGAUGGCCGAAUCCUGGCCGCUGGAGGCAAAUCCAGUCAUCUUCAUUUGUGGUGCUUGGAAGCUCAGCAGAUAUUCAGAAUCAUCCAGAUGCCAACUAAAGUCCGUGCCAUUCGCCAUCUAGAAUUUCUUCCUGAUAGUUUUGAUGCUGGGUCUAACCAGGUUCUUGGAGUGCUAAGUCAAGAUGGUAUCAUGAGAUUUGUUAAUAUACAGACUUGUAAACUUCUCUUUGAAAUUGGGAGUCUUGAUGAAGGAAUUAGCUCAUCAGUAAUUAGUCCACAUGGACGGUACAUUGCAUCGAUUAUGGAAAAUGGAAGUCUGAACAUAUAUUCAGUGCAGGCUUUAACGCAGGAGAUAAAUAAGCCUCCUCCUCCUCUAGUGAAGGUGAUAGAAGAUUUGCCCAAGAAUAAACUGAAUUCUGGUGAUUUUAAAAUGAAAGUGACAUCAGGAAGAGUGCAACGGCCAGCAAAAUCAAAGGAAAACAAAGUACAGAGUAGAAUAUUAAAACAGAACUUGACUUGUAAUUUUGAAAAUAAUGAGAAUGAAUUGCCAGAAGGAUUAAACAAAAAGCGUUUACAAGUAUUACUAAAAGGCUAUGGUGAAUAUCCAAUGAAAUACAGGAUGUUCAUUUGGCGCUCUCUGCUACAGCUGCCUGAAAAUCAUACUGCUUUUAGUAACCUGGUAGAUAAGGGUGUCCACGUGGCGUUUCUCAACCUUCAGAAGAGUUACCCCAUCAAAAGUAGGAAGCUGCUCAGAGUGUUACAGAGAACCCUAUCUGCAUUAGCUCACUGGUCUGCCAUCUUUAGUGACACACCAUAUCUUCCACUGCUGGCCUUUCCAUUUGUGAAAUUAUUCCAGAACAAUCAACUUAUCUGUUUUGAAGUUGUGGCUACUCUCAUCAUCAAUUGGUGUCAACACUGGUUUGAAUAUUUUCCUAAUCCUCCUAUCAAUAUUCUCAGUAUGAUCGAAAAUGUUUUGGCGUUUCAUGAUAAGGAGCUGCUGCAGCACUUCAUAAACCACGAUGUAACUUCCCAGCUCUAUGCAUGGCCUCUUCUUGAAACCGUGUUCUCAGAAGUACUGACAAGAGAGGAGUGGCUGAAGCUAUUUGAUAACGUUUUUUCCAACCACCCUUCGUUCCUCCUGAUGACGGUUGUGGCCUACAACACGUGCUUUCGAGCACCUUUGCUCAACUGUAAUCUUAAAGAUGACUUUGAGUAUUUUUUUCACCAUCGGAAUAAUUUAGACAUAAGUGUUGUGAUCCGAAAAGUUUACCAUCUCAUGGAUACCACCCCUGCCGACAUUCACCCAGACAGCACGCUCGACGCCUUUGUGGCACUGACGAAAGGGCAGUACCCAGUAUUUAACCAAUACCCAAGGUUCAUUGUGGACUAUCAGACACAGGAACGAGAAAGAAUAAGAAAUGAUGAGUUGGAUUACUUAAGAGAGAGGCAGACAGUUGAAGAUAUGCAAGCUGAAGUGGACCAGCAAAGAGCCGAAGAUGAAAAUUGGUACCAGAAGCAAGAACUACUUCGUAAAGCUGAGGAAACCAGGAGAGAAAUGCUCUUGCAGGAGGAGGAGAGGAUGAUACAGCAAAGAGAGAGACUCGCUGCUGUGAAAAGAGAGCUGAAAGUAAAGGAAAUGCACUUACAAGAUGCGGCAAGAAGGCGUUUUCUGAAGCUUCAGCAAGACCAACGCGAGAUGGAGCUGAGGCGACUAGAGGAUGAAAUUCAGAGAAAGAUACAUAUGAGAGAUCGAGAAAUUGCUACCACAGCCAAAGACCUCGAAAUGAGACAUCUGGAGCUUGAAUCACAAAAAAGACUGUAUGAGAAGAAUCUUACUCGAAGUCAAGAAACUGCCGCAAAAGAAAUGCGAGAGGAUGCAGACGCCUACAGACGAAAAGUGGACCUGGAGCAAGCAAUGUUCCACAAGCUGAUGAACACAGAUACUCAGAGCCAAAAAACUCAGACGGUACAAUUAAUUGAAGAAAAUCUGGCAAAAGCGGAACAGGCAUGUUUAAAUACUGACUGGCGAAUUGAAGCUUUACAUAAACAAAGACGUGAUGACCUACAACGAAAUGAAUGUUACCGUGAAAUGGCCACACUCCUUCGGAAGAACAGAAAGAAAGAAAUAGAAGUAUUAAGCGCAAUGAUGGGGGAGGAAGCUAGAAAGUGGGAGGAAGCUGAAGACAAAGACUUCUAUUUGAAGUCAGAAAAGCAAGCUGAUCUUUCAGAUGCCUCUAGAAAGUUGUUUCUAGAGAAGGAGCUAAAGGAUGCUUUUGAAUAUGCUGAACAUCCAUGCAGCGAAGUUUCUUUAAAUCAGAGAAAAAUGCAGUUGGACAUCAUGGAACAAGAUCUCAUGGAGAGAGUGAGAAAUCUUCGCCAGAGACUCACCGCCCAGGCUCGGAACCGACGCCACACGCCUCACCUUCUGGCCGCGUAGAGAGGCCUGUCGCCUUGAAGUGGUCAGAUGCCUAAUUUGCAAUCAGUGACACUGACUUUUAGAUUAUUUAUUUUUAAAUUCCCAUGAAGCUCAACCUUUUGUAUAGAAGAAAAUUGUGUAUAAAAAUUAUGUCUUAUUUCUGAUGCUU